AGGGUCACGGUGCGCGCGGGGUCGGGUCACGGUGCGCGCGGGGUCGGAGCCCGGCCGGCCGGGCUCCGAGUUCCCUUCUACCGCCCAGAAUCAGACUCCCGGACCCGCCCCGGAAGCCAAGAAGGGGGCGCGGGCCCGGAGGCAGGAAGGCCUGCUGGAGGAGCGCCAGGGACGCGGGCGGUGCUGUUGCCGGUGAGGCUCCGCGUGGUUGCCGCGCGUCCCACCUCGCCCUCCUCCUACAGGAAUUAAAGCUGGACUCCCAUUCAGGACAAACAGACCUAUAAUUCCUGGUGUGAUGAGAGAGUGGGAUUUGCUGUCCUGAAGUCAUUAAGCUUGGGCCCUGGUUCCUCUUCAUGAGAGACUAGGGAGAUGGAAGACUUAAAAUCUGAGAAUAAAAAAAGGGUGCUUCCCGCAUGGAUGACAGCCCAGGUGGCUGAAAAGAGGACGGUGCAGGUGAAGACCCCCAAGAGGAGAACAGCCACGGUGCCAGUGGCUGCAGCAAGACUUCCUGCCAUGAGGACUGUGUACUGCAUGAAUGAAGCUGAAAUCGUAGACGUUGCUCUGGGGAUCCUAAUUGAGGGGCUGUCUGCCAGAGACAUGCGAUUCUGUGAUGCCACGUGGUAUGUAUGCCAACGAAGUCCGCUGCCACCGUACCUGUGUCCCACCGUGCAUAUGCUGAUGAUGGGCUCCAAUGGCAGACUUGUGCUCUGCAGUGCAGAUGCCUCAAAUACUUUUCCAAGUAAGGAAGAUGAAGUACUCGUCCUCUUCUUUCCACUAAGUACAACUAAUACCCUGGGUAUUACAGACCAAAUACACACAAGAGGCUCUAAAAGGUGGAAAGAAGAAGGCAGAUGAUGAGGGACUUCAGCAGCGGAAGAGGAGCAUGAUAGUAACGUCAUAUUAAUGAUUAUAGAGAAGGAACAGUUUAAAGAUUCUUGGUAAACCUGGCAAAACAGGUUAAAUUACGACUAAAAUUAACCAAAAAAAGAAGAAAAAAGAAACACAGAAAGCCAUUGCCGGGACUUCCCUAGUGACCCAGUGGUGAAGAAUUCGCCUGCCAAUGCAGGGGACAUGGGUUUGAGCCCUGGUCCGGGAAGAUCCCACAUGCCGCGGAGCAAAUAAGCCUGUGCGCCACAACUACUGAGCCUGCACUCCAGAGCCCGCGAGCCACAACUACUCAGCCCGAGUGCCACAACUACUGAAGCCCUCGCACCUAGAGCCUGUGCCCCCCCGGCAAAGAGAAGCCACCGCAAUGAGAAGCCCGCGCACCGCAACGAAGAGUAGCCCGCGCUCGCCGCAACUAGAGAAAGCCCGCGUGCGCGCAGCAAGGAAUGCAGCCAAAAAUAAAUAAAUAAAUAAAUUUAUGCGGGGAGGGGAGAAAGCCAUUGACUUAAAGGGUUAUACAUCAUUUGGGGAGUUUAUUUUGGGACCUUAACUUACAUAGAUAAUUUAUACAUUACUAAAAUGUGAAGGAAAUUUCUUAGAAAUAUGUGCUGGGACCAGACAAAAUAUUUGUAACUACUGCAUUUUGUUUCUCCACUACCCCCUUCUUCCUCCAUGUACUUUCCUUUGUUACAACAGUGCCACAUGAAAUCUAUGAUGGUGACACACAGUAGGUUUAGAAAUAGGUUUCACUAUUAUGAUACACAUUAUAAUGUAACAUAGAAUUAGUACAUAUAAGAAAAUAAGUGGACAUGAAUUAUAAAAAUAAAACCCUAAUAAUUACUUAUUACACACAUUUUAAUAAAACUCAGAAGAAUCUCAGCCAAAAUAUUUUCUCAAAAAACCCCCCAAAUCAAUAUAGAUUCUCUCUCUAGAUAGGGCAUACUGCACACAUUAAUAGCUUUGCUUUCAAUCAAUUUAUUUCCCAACUUCAGUGAAAAGUGAUUUAAAUAUCCAACGGAUUUUUACAGCCAACUGAAUUUAUAGUAUUUUUACUGGGAAUUUAUAUUUUAUAACAAGUUUUAUUUCUAAGUAGGAUUAAGUUGAGAAAAACAUACUGAUUCAUCUUCACUGAUUGUUCUGUCUGAAUAGUCUUACUUUUCUGAAUCUUCUGACAUCUCCUCCAAUAUUUGGCUAAAAAUUUCUUUUAUUAUGUAGGUGGGCUGUAAAACAAUUUGUAAGGAACUUAUUUGACAGUUUUCUUUUUAAGUACACAUUAAAUGUGUACCCCCAAAUAUAUUCAAUUUUAUUUAAUUAACAGUGACAACAGGCUUCUCUAAAAAGUAAAUUAAGACACAGCUAAUUAAACCUUUAAUUUCAAAGAUUUGAAGAAAUUCUCCAUUUUUAUAAGAUAGAGACAAGUCAGAAUAAGACAAAUCACGUAAAUAAUUCAGUUGAAAAAGGAAUUUCCAGGGUACAUAACCAAAUCCUAGACUUAUCAUAGACAAGUCUAGACACAGCGAUAGCGAGUUCAGAAUGAUUCUGAGGCACUGAAAAGCUCAUGCAUCAGAGAAAAAUUACAGUUACUUAUUCAGGUAGUGAGUUGUAGCAAUACAGUUAAUUUUUUUUUUCGGCUUAAUUUUCAUUUGACCAAAAGUUCAAAUGACAGUAGGUUUUUUUCUCUAUAUUUUGGUUAAUAUUCUGUAGACUGUUCUAAUAUUCGAUCACAUUAGUCUUACUGGAAUAGUUAACUUACUGCAAUAGUUAUCAGAAGUGGUAAUUCUUAAGUGGUAAUUAAGUGGUAAUUAAGACCUCUUAAGUGGUAAUUAAGACAAUGAAAUAACAGAAAUUCCUUGUCAAGAGUCUACUAUUUUUGAGAGACCAAAGGAAUUUACUAAUUUCGAAUCUACUAGUUUAUGCUCCUCUCUACAAAAAGUGGGUUUUCGAGCGUGGACCACAAACAAUACAGCCCAAGCUCCACAGCGAAUAACUUUACGAAUGCCACAGAGAAGUCUGUCUUACGGGUGACACCUUCAGUAGUAAGAGACUGAAGUUUCCGUCUGGGGAUCACAACUCCGAAUUUGGAAAACUGGACUGGCAUAAAUCUUGAUUCUGUUUCCUUACAUGAGCGUAUGAGGCGCACCAACGUGCUGACCUGCUGCGGAGUAAAACCUGAGCUUCAGGAGAGGCACACACACAGAUGGAUCCAAUAAGCGCUCCGUGCGUACCUUCCACGUCAGAAGCGAGAGAGGCCACAGCAGGCGCGGCCUCGCCCAGCGGCGCCGCGGCAGUCUCGGGGCAGCAACGAUGACUUCCCUUCUUGGCGGGAAGGACGAUGAAGACACAAUUCCUGGUGGCGAAGUUUUCCUCCCACACUCGGCGACACGGCAGUGGAGGGAGGGGCGCCUUUUCUGGGCGCGCUCGUUUCGCGCAGGGACUUUCCUUCUCGGCACUUCACUGUCCCGCCUCGGCCUCCUCACCCUCGCCUCGAGUCCCACGGUCAGGCCAGUAGUCCCUUCCGUGCGCCGGGAGCAGCCGUUCUGCCAGUGAUACCGACAGCCCAGCGACUGGAAGGAACGCUGCCGCGGCCGUUUAGUAGCCGCAGCCACGCCCUUCAUCACGUAGCGCAGCACUCGUUACCAGGGCAACGGGCUCAACCUCGCGAGAUCUCAGACUGGUCAGCUACGCGGGAUUUCGGCUGAAGGAAAGGAAAAGCCCGGAGGAUGUGGCGGACUAGCAGCAGAGGAGUGGGCGUCAAAGGGCAUCCCGAGGGGCGGGAAGGUAGAGAGCAGGGGGCUGGCGGGAAAUUUUAGGGGUGGAGGCAGGGCAGCUAUUUGUCCCUACGGUUCUGCACAUCGGUUGUUUGCCAUGUCUGUCCCUUCUUCGAGCAGACACUAGAGCAGACUGGUUAAGACUUUUGCUUUGUUGAUCUUUAGUUGUAUCCGCACCGAGUUGCGUUUUGCACGGUUGUGUGACUAAUGAUCUUUAUUGGAUUCGGAAAAAGAGACUUUUUAAAUAUUUGAUGGAAGAGUCCUAGAUUUUCUUGGGUGAGCUUGCAAGAUUAUUAUUAGCGCAGAGAUUCUUUAAGUAUAAUAAUCGUUAGCUAACGUAUCAAGAACAUCUUCGGGGACACUAUGCAAAUCAUUUUACAUGUAUUGUCUCAUCUAAUUAAAUAUGAUCAUUCCGUAACAAAUUUAGCCAUUAUUCCUGUACAUCCCACCUUGAUUUCCCCCUGGUCUGUAGCUUAGUGGAUAAUUUAUUUAGAAUACUUUUCCAAGUAGAGCUAAAAAUAAAAGUCUUUAAAUGUUUGGUGCCUGCACGAGGCAUUAUGUGUCAUGAGAUUUGUAAUACUGUAGAAAUGGAGAUAAUGCAAAAGUAAAAUAAAGGGCAAAGCAAUAGCUUAAACAUGAGGUUAAUAGCCUCUGCUUAAAUUUUGUUAGUUUCCAAAAAAUAACAUGUUCUUUGAGGUCAGUGAUUUAGAAGAUUGGACCUUCCAGAAAAAGAAAUAGAGCAGGUAUUAGAUCACACUUUCUUGAAAAUCAAUUACCCUUUAUAAUUGUACCUUGUUUUAUGUAACACAUAUGUUACUAAAGGUGACAUGCAUAGAGAAUUUUUGUAUAUGGAAUCUAUUUUUCUGUUGGAUUUUAGAGUCAUGAUUGCAAGCCAUAGUGUCAGACACACAAGGUGAAACUCCAAGAAAUGAUCUAAACAAGUUACACAAGAAAUUAAUGGCAGAGCUGGGACUUAAAUCUCAAGAUUUUUAGUCCAAAUAUCUACAUGAUCAUAUUUCAAGUAAUCCUACAGAGA